CGACCCGUUGCAGACCUGGCGCAUUUCGGUGGUGAUCUCUCAUUCAUCUGUGCCGUCUGUGUGCCUGUUGUGCCGUCCUCCCCGCAAAAGCACAGAUCUCCGCCAUCGCCAUGCCGAUGGUCCAGCCUGGCGCGCGGCUUCGAGCGCUGAUGAAGCAGGGGUGUGUGGCGCUGCCCGGAGCCUUCAAUGGCCUGGUGGGCCGUCUGGUGGCCGAAGCGGGGUUCGAUGGCUGCUACGUGUCGGGCGGUGCGGUGAGUGCCGCGGUGGGGUGUCCGGACAUUGGUUUGCUGACGCUAGAGGGCUUCACGCGGGUCAUUCACGACGUCACGACAUCGAGCGGCCUGCCCUGCAUUGCAGACGCUGACACAGGUCAGUGUCAGUCCCAUAUAUAUCAGCCAGCAACGACGGCACGGCUGAUGGGUGGGUGUGAUCUCUCCGUGUGUUCAUUCAUUCAUCCACCAGGUUUCGGCGAGGGCGAGAUGGUGACCAAGACAGUGUGGGAGUACCACCGGGCCGGCGCGGCGGGCCUUCACAUCGAGGACCAGGUCUUCCCAAAACGGUGCGGCCACCUCGACGGCAAGGCGCUCAUCCCGACAAUCGACAUGGCUGCCAAGGUGGGGCGCGCCCGGCGGGCGAGCGAUGCCUGCUCGGACGGCACCUUCAUCGUGUGCGCCAGGACGGACGCGAGGGCGGUAGAGGGCAUGCAGGCGGCGGUGGCACGCGCCAAGGCUUAUGUCGAGGCCGGGGCCGACAUGAUAUUUCCGGAAGGGCUGCACACUGAGGUGAGAAAGAAAGACAGAGAGGGAGGGAGGGAGGGAGAGAGGGAGGGAGGAAGGGAGGGAGGGAGAGUGGGAUGCCAUAUGUAUGUGUGUGGGUGGGUGCCUUCGUUCAGUCGGAGUUUGCCGAGUUCGCGUCGCACAUGAAGGGUCUGCGCGGCGAUGCGCCCGACGGUGGCCCCUUCCUGCUGGCCAACAUGACGGAGUUCGGCAAGACGCCCAUGCUGCCCCUCUCGACAUACGCCAUGAUGGGCUACCACUGCGUCAUCUUCCCUGUCACCACCCUGAGGGUCGCCAUGAAACCUGUGCAGGUGAGCAUACACAUUGGUGGAUGGAUGGAUGGAUGUUUAUCGGUAUGUUAUGGGCGUCGCGGUACUCACUCAGGAGAUGUUGGCGACACUGAGGGAGAAGGGCACGGUCGAGGAGUGGCUGCCCAAAAUGUAUUCCAGACAGGUGGGGGAGGUUGCAGUACGGCCAUCCAUGCACCCAUGGCUGUCUGUCCUCGUGUGUGCACUGCAGGAGCUGUAUUCGUCUCUUCGGUACACCCCGGGCGUCGAGUGGACAUACCCCAGCAAGACCAAGGAAUGAAUGAACACACACACACGAGGGGCGCGGCGCUGGUUGAGUUGAUUAGCGUGUGGCUGACGCACCUGGUGGUGUGGAUGUGUGGAUGAGAUGAGCGGCAUGUGACCGAGUGCCUUUUUGCCGUCAAGUCAGUCGUGUUGGCAUUUGUGCGGUGUGUGUGUGCCAAGACAACAGUGCUAGACCGGUUUUUGGUAAUGCUGUCGUGUGACCUGGUGUGGGGCAUUAACGGCAACACCCACACUUCCAAA